GCAGGAGGCGGCGGCGGCGGCGGCGGCAGCGGCCACGGCCACGGCCACGCUCGGCGCCGCGGGACCGGCGGGAGCCGCAGCCAGGCCCGGCCAGAGCAGCAGGCGGACUCCGCCACGCAGGCAGACAGGUCUGAUGGCACGCAGCACCCCCCCUCCGCUCGGCGUCUGGACGCAAUAAAGACCUCUCUGGCCAGCGGUUUUCUAUUCAGUUUACCAGAGGUGCGCAGCGUGAUGUCCAUGCUGUACCACGCUCUGAUCGUAGCUCUCUGGGUUGGCGCACAGGCAGCACCACAGCUGGAGGACAGUGCCCCAUGGGGGUGUCCUGCAGGAGCCACCACGCCAGGCACCCCCCGGACUAGAGCACAGCAGGGUCCCCAGCCUGCUCCGCACACCCCGCGCAGCCCCCCGAAGGCCGACCGCAGGGACGCCGGGCCCGUGGCCAAUGUCACCGUGGAUCCCAAGCUGUUCAGGAAGCGGCGGUUCCGGUCCCCUCGGGUCCUGUUCAGCACGCAGCCCCCGCCCAUGUCGGGGGGCAGGCACAGCGCAGAGCCCGCGCACAGCACGCACCCCCACAACAGGACGAUGCGAGCCAAGCGCAUGGCCCACCCCGUGCUGCACCGCGGGGAGUUCUCGGUGUGUGACAGCGUCAGCAUGUGGGUUGGGGACAAAACCACAGCCACGGACAUCAAAGGCAAGGAGGUGACAGUGCUGGGAGAGGUGAACAUUAACAACAAUGUUUUCAAGCAGUACUUUUUUGAGACCAAGUGCAGGGACCCCAAGCCAGUGUCCAGUGGGUGCCGGGGGAUCGACGCAAAGCACUGGAACUCCUACUGCACCACGACACACACCUUCGUCAAAGCGCUGACCAUGGAAGGCAAGCAGGCUGCCUGGCGGUUCAUCCGGAUCGACACCGCCUGCGUGUGCGUGCUCAGCCGGAAGUCGGGGCGACCCUGACACGGAACAAGCCUGGUGACCACAUCCUCCCACCCCCCUACCUCAGCCUGUAAAUUAUUUUAAGUUAUAAGAAUUGCAUGGUAUAUUUAUAGUUUAUACAUUAAAAAGAGAUCCUCGUUAUUUAUUAAACAUUUUGGGAAGCC